ACCAUUGAUUAUGUCAAACAUGAUUCAGACACAAGAUGAAAUUUCUAGUACUCAUGAUUCGCCUAUUGCUGGAAGUAGUAAUGUAUUUGAGAGAGGAACAAAAACACACGCGGAGACUGAAUGGAACAGCAUUCAGAGAGUUGACGAAGUCUCUGGUAUACAACAUACUUGUAUUAGCGACAGUCUUAUUUCUCCUUCAAGUGGUCUUGUUAGCAAUAAGAGAGGAUUGGACUCGAUUGGACUUGCUGUAUAUGGGUCUGGAAAGUCAAAAUUGCCAUCUUUCUCCAGUAGACGUGGUAGAGAAAGCAUGGGAGAAGAUAUCUUGUCUCCCAGUUGUGGUGAUGAUGAUGAUUUGUUCUGCGGGAAGUUUUUCAAGGAUAAAAAGGAAAUGAGCACAAAGUUGAGGUUGCAUGCAGUUAGUAAAAGCUUUGAGUUCCACACAGAAUAUUCAGACAAAACACGUUAUGUUCUUAGUUGUGUGGAUGAAAGAUGCAGUUGGAGUUUUCGUGCAAAAUCAGUUAAAGGAUCUCAGAGUUUUUUUGUUCGUCAUUAUGUAUCUAAACAUACUUGUGACACUUCUCUGAGAACUGUUAGUCAUCGGCAAGCUACUGCAAAAUUGUUGGGAACUAUGGUCAGCAAUCAUUAUGAAGGAGGAAAGAUUGGGCUGAAACCUAAACAGAUCAUGGAAAAAGCUAGAAAUGAUCAUGGUGUUGUGAUUACAUAUUCAAAGGCUUGGAGGUCUCAAGAGCACGGCCAAGAUAUAGCUAGGGGUACUCCUGAUGACAGUUAUGAAGCUUUGCCCAGUUGGUUUCACAUGAUAAAAGAAAAGAAUCCAGGUUCUGUGACUUUUAUCGAAGUUGAUGCUGUUGGGAAAUUCAAAUACGCAUUUUUGUCGCUUGGUCCAUCUAUCAGAGGGUUUAAGUUGAUGAGGAAGGUACUUUCUGUUGAUGGUGCCCAUCUGAAAUCAAAGUAUAAAGGGACUCUACUUGCUGCCACAGCACAAGAUGGUAAUUUUCACUUGUAUCCUAUAGCUUUUGCUAUAGUUGAUUCUGAGAAUGAAGCCUCAUGGAGUUGGUUUAUGAAAUGUCUGAAAACCAUCAUUCCUGAUGAAGAGGAUUUGGUUUUUGUCUCUGAUCGUGCGGCCUCUAUUGAAAAAGCUCUUUUACAACAUUAUCCUGUUGCUCACCAUGGAAUCUGCAUCUUUCACUUUCAAAAGAAUGUCCAGGACAAUUUCAAAAGUUCAACACUUGUCCCUUUGGUUGUUGAAGCUGGUUAUGCCUACACCAAAGCUGAUUUCGAUUGCUAUUUUCAAGAGAUUGAGGAGUCCGACAUUGUAUUAGCAGAUUAUCUUCGUAAAGCAGACUUCAGGAAGUGGACCCGAGCUUAUUCUCCUGCUAAUCGCUUCAACAUCAUGACGUCAAACUUGGCCGAAUCUAUAAAUUCUUUGCUGAAAGUGAGUCGUGAGUAUCCAAUUGUCUGUCUUUUUGACACUAUUAGGAUGAUAAUGACUAAGUGGUUCACUGAACGACGUGAGGAAGGAGUUCGUCACAUGCACCCUGUCACUGUCGAAGUGGGGAACAAGAUGAAGGAGCUAUAUGAUUUUACGUCUCGCUUCCUUGAAGUUUCCAAAAUCAAUGAUUCAGAGUUUGAGGUUAAGGGAGAUACAAGAGAUCAAGUGGUGAAUUUUCAAACAAGGCAUUGUUCAUGUUUUGUGUUUGAUAUUGAGAAGUUUCCUUGUGCUCAUGCAAUUGCCGCUGCAAAAUCUGGGAAUAAGCACGAAAAUGAUUAUGUCGAUGAGUUUUUCUCCAAUGAAAGGUUUACACUAGCAUAUUCAGAGAGUGUAUAUCCUGUUGGUGAUAAAACAUAUUGGGAUAUUCCUCCCCAUGUAGCUUCGUUUGUUUGUCGCCCUCCAUCUACACGCUUUCCUAGUGGGAGGAGGAAAAAAAAGAGGAUACCAAGUUCGUGGGAGUAUGGAAAAUAUCGGCCCAUAUCUAAACCAUCACCCAAGGCUUACAAAUGCAGCAGAUGUGGACAGAAAGGACACAACAAAGGUAGUUGUGUAAGGCCUAUUUGAUAACAGAGUAGUAUAAAAACUUGUGUGCAAUUGAUUAUUUUAUAUGAUGUUAUAAGAGAGAAUUGGAAUCGAAUAGAUUUUGGGGAACCUUUUACUAUUACAUUUUAUCGUUUUAUAAUGAUUUAUAAAGUUUACAGGUGUCUAAUAGAAGUUAUGUUCCUUUUAUUUUUACAUCUAUCAUUUUAUAAUGCUUUAUAAAUUUUGCAGGUGUCUAAUAGAAGUUAUGUUAUUUAUUAUACGAAAUGUGUGGUUACAUAAACUACCCUUUAUAAAUCAUUAGGAUUCAGAUUAAUUGUAGAAAUUAUAUGUUCGUUUGAUAUCUUAGCUUACUUGCAUGAACAUAAAUAAAAUAUGUUUCCUUAGCAAAGGUUUAAGGUACAAACCAAAAUAUAUUUUCCUCAUCAUGAAGGAUUAAGGGACAAGCCAAAAGAUGUUCCUCAUUGAAGACAUCAUCAAAAGAUAACACACUAAAACUGAAAAAGUUCCAUAGAUAUUUGUUAAAAGUACUAAAAAACUGAAAGAGCUUCAUUUCUUCAAAUUCGCGAUGCUUCUAAUCGGCAUUUUUAAGAUCUUCCAAAACACUUCCUAUCACAUCAUCAGCUGAAUCUUUCUCAAAUUGUUUCUUUUGUUUUUUCGAUUUGGGGGUGCCAACAUUGUGUUCCUUUAUAAGCAUAACAAUUAAGAAAAUCAGAAAUGAUAAUUGGAUGUAGUCAAUGAAAUUUGAAAGAAUAUUUUAUAAACCAUUAUACAUAGAGAGAUAUUUACCUUAUUUCCUCUUCCAUUCUUCUUUGUAAACUUCACGUGCUUUUUAGAUGCAUCCUCAUUCCCUUCUCCAUCCUUCAAUUUUAAUGACACAAUAAGUAAAGUUACAUAGAGCAUAUUAAACAUUUAAAAAGUCAAUCAUUUAUAAAGAUUUAUAAAUCAGCUUACUUCAUUGGUUUCCGGAUUUUCACUCUCUUUAUCACCGUCGUCCACAUCGUCUUCUGUAUCCUCUUCUUCUUGUUGUUCCUCUUCUUCUUGUGGCUGUUCCUAUUUAAAAAAAAAAAGAUUACAUAUUCUUAAUGAUUUAUAAUUCUAUAACGGUUUUCAAUUUAUAAAGGGUUAUAAAUAAGCUUACUUCAUUGACUUCUGCGUCAUCCUCUUGGUGUUGUUCCUCUUCCUCUUGUGUCUGUCCCUAUUUCAAUAAAAGGAUUACAUAUUUAUAAUGAUUUAUAAAUUUAAAACGAUUGUUCAGUUUUUAAAGAUUUAUAAAUCAGCUUACUUCAUUGGUUUCCGGAUUUUCACUCUCUUUAUCACCAUCGUCCACAUCGUCUUCUGUAUCAUCUUCUUGUUGUUGUUCCUCUUCUUCUUGUGGUUGUUCCUAUUU